UCAUCUGCAGUUGAGUAAAAACUGUACCGGGUACAGUUCAAUCAAUAUAUUUACGUGUACAACUACGAGUGUUUGCUUGCAAAUUGCAACCGAAAUGAAGAAAUUUGACCUCUAUCUUCCUCCAAAAUAGUUUUGAAGUGCGACACUUUCUUUGUGUUUGCAAUGAGUUCGACUUGCUCAGCAAGCACGAAGGAGAUAACGUUGGAGAUUCCAAGCUUGGUACGAGUUUACAACGAUGGCACCGUGGAACGCCUCCAAGGCAGUCCAUUUGUGGCAUCCACACUUGAAGAUCCAACAACAGGAGUAUCAUCCAAAGACGUUGUCAUAUCAAACAACCCUCCCAUCUCUGCUCGUAUGUACCUUCCAAACAAAAACGUUCUCAACCACAACAAAGUUCCCAUCUUGGUCUAUUUUCAUGGUGGUGCAUUUUUCUUCGAAUCUGCCUUCAGCGAACAACACCAGAACUAUGUCAACAUGCUUGUCUCCGUCACACGUGUCAUAGUCGUUUCCGUGGAGUACAGGCUGGCACCAGAGACACCUCUUCCUGCAGCGUACGAUGAUUGCUGGGAUGCUCUUAAAUGGGUGGCCAAUAAAUCCGACACGUGGCUUCUCAAACACGGUGAUUUCAACAGAGUUUUCAUUGGAGGUGACAGUGCUGGUGCUAAUAUUGUGCACAACGUUGGCAUGCGUGUUGGGGUUGAGGUUUUACCUCGUGGUGUCAAAGUCUUUGGCGCUAUUGUUUCUCAUCCCUACUUCUUCGGUUCGAAGCCAAUUGGGUGUGAAGCGGUUUGCGGGCACGAGGAGAGCGUGGCCUAUCGGAUUUGGGAAUUCGUUUGUCCCAAUGGGCCUGGUGGGCUUGACAACCCACUGAUAAACCCGUUGGGUAGUGAGGCGGCUUCCUUGGAUGGGCUUGGGUGCUCUAAGCUUCUUGUUUGCACUGCUCAAAGAGACAUGCUGAGAGAAAGAGCGGUGUCGUACUAUGAGGCUGUGAAGAAGAGCAGGUGGCAAGGUGAAGCCGAAUUGUUUGAAGUUGAAAGCGAACAACACGUUUUUCACGUCCACAAUCCCCACACCGUAAAUGCUCACAAGAUGCUCCAACGCUUUGCCGAUUUUCUCCUCCGCUACAACUAGAAACGUUUCACAGCUUAAUUAGUACUUGUUUUGUUCAAUCAAAAAUUCUUCCUUCCUUAAUCCUUCUCCUUCUCUCUUA